GCAUGUGAACGGGGAGGAGGGACGGCGCUGCGCGGGCCUUACUGUGGCGGCGGCAGCGGCGGAGGCGAGAGGAGGAGGAGCGAGAGCCGCGGUGCGGCGUCUCCCCGCAGCCUCAUCGCUGGGCCCCGCUGGCGCUCCCCAUGCCCGUGUGGUGCUGCCGCUGCUCCUUGGCCGGUCACUUCAGUUACAGCAACCCUGAAGCUGAAGGACAGCUUUUGAAUUCCUUCACCCAGUAUUUUGGUGAUAGCCUCGGGAGGAAGAUUAAAAGAAUGCCUUUAAUUGAAGAAACUGUUCUGCCUGGGGACUCCCUCCUUACUCUGCCUGUAGUGGUAAUAGGAAAUGGACCUUCAGGAAUUUGUCUUUCUUACCUGCUCUCUGGGUACAGGCCGUAUUUAUCUCCUGAAGCUAUACACCCAAACCCCGUUCUACAUACGAAAUUAGAAGAAGCUCGGCAUCUUUCCAUUGUGGAUCAAGAUCUGGAAUACCUGUCUGAAGGUCUUGAAGGACGCUCUUCAAACCCAGUGGCAGUGCUUUUUGAUACGUUACUUCAUCCUGAUGCUGACUUUGGAUAUGACUACCCACCUGUUUUACACUGGAAGCUAGAGCAACAUAACUACAUUCCCCAUAUAGUGCUUGGUAAAGGACCACCUGGAGGGGCGUGGCAUUCCAUGGAAGGUUCUAUGCUAACAAUCAGUUUUGGAGACUGGAUGGAAUUGCCUGGCCUUAGCUUUAAGGAGUGGGCAGCUAACAAACGCAGAAAUAUAAAUAGUGAUCGAGUAAUGCCAGAGGAAAUAGCUUGUUAUUAUAAGCACUACGUUAAAGUCAUGGGCCUCCAAAAGAAUUUCAGAGACAACGUUUACAUAACAUCAGUAUCCCGGCUUUACCGAGGAAAGGAUGAUGAAGAUAGAACUCAACUAAAUGAAAAUAUUUCAACACAGCAUUUGGAAAUGGAAGAUGGACAGAAAUCACUGAUUAAGAGAAACUGGGAAGUCAGAGGUUAUCAGCGAGCAACAGAUGGUUCUCACGUGCCCUUCUGCCUCUUUGCUGAGAAUGUGGCCCUUGCCACAGGAACCUUUGAUUCUCCUGGCCGACUACAAGUUGAAGGAGAAGACUUUCCUUUUGUGCUUCAUUCUAUGUCUGACUUUGGAGCUGCUAUCAGCAAAGGAAAGCUCCGUGGGAAGCCAGACCCUGUGCUAAUUGUGGGUGCUGGACUUACAGCAGCCGAUGCAGUACUGUGUGCCUACAACAACAACAUCCCAGUAAUCCAUGUGUUUCGUAGAAGAGUUACAGAUACAAGUCUAAUUUUCAAACAGUUACCUAAAAAGCUUUACCCUGAAUACCAUAAGGUCUAUCAUAUGAUGUGUACUCAGUCCCAUACUGUGGACUCUAAUCUACAUUCUGCUUACACUAGUUUUCCUGAGCACAACGUACUUUCCUUCAAGCCUGAAAUGAAGUGCGUUCUUCAGAGUGCCUGUGGACUGAAGAAAAUUUUGAAGUUUUCUGUAGCCUUAGUUCUAAUAGGUUCUCACCCAAAUCUUUUCUUUCUUAAGGACCAAGGACAUAGUAUAGGUCAUCACUCUAAUCAGCCCAUCACAUGCAAGGGGAAUCCUAUAGAGAUUGAUCCAUACACUUAUGAAUGCACUAAAGAAGCCAACCUCUUUGCUUUAGGUCCUCUGGUGGGAGACAACUUCGUACGUUUUUUAAAAGGAGGUGCACUGGGCAUUGCACGAUGCUUGGCAAUAAGGCAAAAGAAGAAACAUGAAUUGAUUGAAAGUAGAGAUGGAGGAGGUGAUGGGGUACCAUAAAUGAGACGUUAGAAACUCUCACAUACAGAAUUAUAGACGUAGUCUAACAGAACACUCACUGGCAGCGAAAGUUGAUAGCAGUCACAUUUCUGUUGUGUACAAGUAACCCACCUGCGCUUGUAUUGCUUGGUAAAGGAUGCUGAUACUACAGUACUUCACCUUUUCAAAACACAAAAAAUCGAUCUGCUAUUACAACUGAUCUCUACUCAACUGGAAUUACUUCCAGAUAAACAGAAAAUGAGACUAAUUUAUAUUGACCUGCCUGUCAUCUCUUGCUCAGCUAAAAGAGCAGACUUCCUCUGGGAAAAGCAAUGCCUACCAGAGUGGCUACACUUUAGUGUCAAAUGUGACAAAAUAUUCCCACCAUGAAAUAACUUCUAAAAGCAGAAAGCUUGCUUAGUGCAAAGUGAUUCUUGGUCCCAAAGCAAAUUUGGAGCCUUCUGCUUGAAAUAAGGGUUUUAUUUAUUUGCCAUAGUAACACAGUAAUACUUGGGAUGAGCACUUAGUAAAAUGGGGUUUACCCUAAGAAGGAUUUCUGUAAGCAAGAAGUAUUCCUCAACAGUUAUAAAUUAUCCUAUUUGAUAAUUUGAGUAAAUGAAUAAGCAUUCCCAUUUAAUCUUUAACAAAUGAUUUUACAGAGUCUGUUAAUGGUCUUUUCACAUUACGCAUAGAGUUGGGUGAGUGCAGAAAGACUAACAUCAGAUGUUCCCCUAUGGUGGUAUGUACAUUUCUGAGAAUACUCAUUAACGUGAACAAUAAAGUACUGACAUAAGUGCUCUUA